CUCCGGACACUUUUCUCGAGCCGCUGCGCCUCCAUCCCAUCCCGGAUCCUUUGCCGCAACGUCAACGCCCCCGCCUCCUCUUUUCCUCUUCCUCCUCCGCCCCUCUCGCGUCCCGGCUUCUCCAGUUCCGGUUCCCGGAGCCGGUACCCAGGCCGGGACCGCGGGGUGCCAUGCUGCCCGGGUGGUGGCGCUGAAGCAUGGCGACGCCCGUCCCUCCGCCUUCCCCGCGGCACCUGCGGCUGCUGCGGCUGCUGCUCUCUGGCCUCAUCCUCGGAACGGCCCUGAACGGUGCCACCGCCCACCGCCCGGAUGCUACCACCUGUCCUGGAAGCCUGGAUUGUGCCCUGAAGAGGAGGGCAAAAUGCCCACCAGGGGCACAUACCUGUGGACCAUGCCUUCAGUCUUUCCAGGAGGACCAGCAUGGGUUCUGUGUGCCCAGGAUGCACAAGUCUUCUGGAGGCUGCCAGCUGCAGGUGUCAAGGGUCUGGGGCCUUUCUAUAUGAUGGCCCCUCACACUCCUCAGGGGAGGGCCUGCCCCAGCCCAGACUGGAAGAAGAGAUUGAUUCUCUGGCCCUGAAACUGGCACUGAAAGAGAAGGAGGCUGGUCAUUCAAGGUUUACAGCACAGCCCUUGCCUGAGGCUACGCAGAAGCUCCUGGUGCCUGCAGCUACUCUAGGAUUCUCACAGUGGGGUCAAGGACUGGAGCCCGGCCUCCCCACCACUCAUGGAACCUCACCACCCACUCCCCACACCUCCUUGAGCUCCUCAGCAUCUUCUGGGCCUGUGCAGAUGUCCCCACUGAAGCCCCAGGGCGGGCAUGGAAAUGGCCUCACCCUUGUGCUGAUCCUGGCUUUCUGCUUGGCGAGCACAGCUGCCCUGGCUGUGGCAGCCCUCUGCUGGUGUAGGCUGCAGCGAGAGAUCCGCCUGACUCAGAAGGCUGAUUAUGCUGCCACAGCCAAGGCGCCCACUUUACCUACAACACCACGAAUCUCCCCUGGGGAUCAGCGGCUGGCUCACAGUGCUGAGAUGUAUCACUACCAGCACCAGAGACAGCAGAUGCUGUGCCUGGAGCAACAUAAGGAACCUCCAAAGGAACUGGAGUCAGCUUCCUCUGAUGAGGAGAAUGAAGAUGGUGACUUCACUGUGUAUGAAUGCCCAGGCCUGGCACCGACAGGGGAGAUGGAGGUGCGCAACCCACUGUUUGAUCAUUCCUCGCUGUCAGCACCAGUGCCAGGUCCCCAUUCCUCACCUCCGCUGCAGUGACUCCUAGGCAACUGAUGCCCACUUGCCUGCAGCCCACAGCCCACUGGUGGGGAGAAGCAAGUCCUGGUGUUCCCCAUGGAAAAGGACAGCAUCAUGUCCCUCUGCAUGCUUUUGGCAGGAGGGAGGCACCAGGCGCUGGGCUCCCUUGCCAGGGAGAUUCUCUACCUUAUGUGGGAGAUCUAGCAUUUGCUUUCACUUUCUCUGUCUGGUCUGAACCCUCAAACUGGAGAUACUAGUCCAGGAAUGCUUGAGCCCAGCCGUGGAUAGAGAGUUCUGGAGAUAAAAGCCAAUUAAAGUCUUUUUCAAACCUG